AUGUCUUUUGUACCCAUCGUUUGUGGGAAGAAAGAUUGGGACAAGCAAUACGACCAGUCCACUCAGUACAGCUCGCUUUAUUGUCCCAACUGCCACAAUUUUAACGUACAUCCGGUCAAAAGAAGGGAAUUCAUAUCUAUUUGGUUCAUCCCUGUCUUCCCAAUUUUCAUAGGUAAGCAGCUUGUUUGUCCCACAUGCAACUGGCGCCAGGAUUUCAAGAACGAUGAGCAGCUGCAAAAAGUCGUGCGUGAGCAACAAAACAUACGACAAGGGAAAACAGGCGGUUGA